AUUUGUAAAAGCGUGAUGUGUUCACGCAAAAGACCGUUGUCACCGGAUAAUACACCAAAAAUAAAAUUACUAAGUUCAGACGGUGACACUUUUGAAGUCAGCAUUCGAGCAGUGAUGAGCUGCCUAACUCUUAAAACAAUGUUCGACACUUUAGGAACAGGCGAAGUCGAAGAUGACAUCCUGUCUUUAUCUACCAUUAACUCUGCCAUUUUAAGCUUAGUUAUAGAAUACAUCGAACAUCACAAAGACGACUCGCCAACGGAAACAGACAAAUACGAUGAUUUCGAAAUGUCCCCUUGGGAUGCAGAGUUUGUGUCAACAAUUGACAAAGACACUUUUUUUAAGUUGAUGAUGGCCGCUAAUUUUUUGGACAUCCAAGGACUUCUCGACUUGCUCAGCAGAAUUAUAGCGGACAACAUGGAAUCCAAAACUGUUGAGGAAAUCCGUAAUGAGUACGACAUUGAAAACGACUUAUCAGAUUCAGAAAUUGAAAAAAUGAUAAAUGAAAGUCAAUGGACUGCUGAAGAAUGAUACUUUUUUAUAACUAACUAUAUAUUUUUCAUUUUUACAUUAUUAUUAUUUAUCAUUUUUAUUUUUUACAAUUUCAUAAACAUUAAACUAGUUGUCUAAAAUCA